CAGCAUGGGGGCACCACCAACAGCGUACGACGAGAAGAAGGAAACAUGUGGGACCGUCUGUCUUAAGUACCUCCUAUUCACAUUCAACUUCCUUUUCUGGCUGGCAGGGGGCGUGGUGAUGGCGGUGGGCAUCUGGACGCUGGUGGAGAAGAGCGACUACAUCAGCCUGCUCUCCUCCGUGACCUACGCCGCCUCCGCCUACAUUCUGAUCCUAGCCGGGGCCAUCGUCAUGGUGACGGGAGUGCUGGGCUGCUGCGCCACCUUCAAGGAGCAGAGGAGGCUGCUGAGAGUGUACUUUGUCCUGCUGCUGUGUAUCUUCCUCCUGGAGAUCCUCGCCGGUGUCCUGGCCUACAUCUAUUACCAGCAGCUCAAUGAGGAGCUGAAACAGAACCUGCGGGAGACCAUUGUGCAGAAGUACAGGCAGCCAGAGCAGGAGCACAUCACCAAAGCAGUGGACAAGCUGCAGCAGGAGUUUAAGUGCUGUGGCAGCAACAGCUCGUCGGACUGGGGCGAGAGCGUGUGGAUCCGCACCAACGAGGCGGAUGGCAGGUUGGUGCCGGACAGCUGCUGUAAGACCCAGACGCUGGGCUGCGGCCACAGGGACCACCCAUCAAACAUCUACAAAGUGGAGGGGGGUUGUAUCACUAAACUGGAAAACUUCAUUUUGGACCACCUGAAGAUCAUUGGAGCAGUGGGCGUGGGCAUCGCCUGUGUACAGAUUGUGGGGAUGGUGUUUACUUGCUGUCUAUAUCGGAGUUUGAAGGCAGAGCCUUACUGAGAGUAGAACACGAAGAGAAGGAAAAGGGAGGGGUCUAGUCUCUGCCACCCAGUGUCAUCAUAUUCCAGCGACCCGUUUAGUAAUGGUAAUGUAAUGGUCAAGGAUGCACUUAUGAUAGUGUCUCUCAAUCCAUUCCUUGGGGGGACCAUUUUGGUUCUAGCCUAGCAAUAACUCCCCUGAUUCAACAAAUCAAGGGCUCCCCCCCCAUAAAAUGGAGAAUCAGAUUUAUGCAAGCCGUUACAUGCUAUCGGAUCCACAAUGCUUUAUAUUUUGGUAGUGUACAACAAACAGAGCAGUUGGUGUAACCUAGUGUGAUGUAAAGAUCAGUGGACCAAAAUGGCCCAUGCAUGAGAACAGCUUGCCUUAACAUUGCAAUAUUCAUGACUGUGGCUUAAUGAGCGAGAACUGACCUCUGGGGCCGAUUACCAUAGCAACACGUUAUUUUUCAUCAAGUAGCUAUUUAUACAUCUACACACGCCUUUCACACUGUUUCUCUCUGGGGUUUUUUAUUUAUGUUUUAACACAAGGGAUUUCUACACUUAUGCCAAAGUUGUCGUCAACACUGACUUUGUGUAACAUCAUAUCAAACUGACUACUCCUGCAUGCCUUUUUAUGUAUACUGAACAAAUAUAUAAAUGCAACAAUUUCAAAGAUUUUACUGUGUUACAGUUCAUAGAAGGAAAUCAGUCAAUUGACGUAAAUUUAACAGGCCCUAAUCUAUGGAUUUCACUUGACUGGGCAGGGGUGCAGCCAAGGGUGGGCCUGCACCCCUUCCUGCACCACUGGAGCCAGGUCCAACCAAUAAGAAUGUGUUUUUCCGCACAAAAGGGCUUUAUGACAGACAGAAAUACUCCACCCCUCCCCCCUCAGACGAUCCAGCAGGUGAAGAAGCCAGAUGUGGAGGUCCUUUGCUGGCGUGGUCUGCGGCCGGUUGGACGUACUGCCAAAUUCUCUAAAACGAUGUCUUAUGGUAGAGAAAUGAACAUGUAAUUAUCUGGCAACAGCUCUGGUGGACAUUCCUGCAGUCAGCAUGACAAUUGCAUUCUCCCUCAAAACUGGAGACAUCUGUGGCAUUGCGUUGUGUGGCAAAACUGCACAUUUAAAAGUAGCCUUUUAUUGUCCCCAGCACCUGUGUAAUGAUCAUGCUGUUUAAUCAGCUUCUUGAUAUGCCACACCUGUCAUGUGGAUGGAUUAUCUUGGCAAAGGAGAAAUGCUCACAAAAAGGAAUUUAAACCAUUUCUGGGCUCUUUUAUUUCAGCUCAUGAAACACGGGACCAACACUUUACAUGUUGCGUUUUUAUAUUUGUUCAGUAUAUAUUCUGAUUGUCUUUGUGUGCCUUUUGAAGAUAAUUUUUUUAAUUAAGUUUUGCUUUUAUUCAAACCAUAAAUGUUAUUUUAUUGUGUAUUUAACAGACCAAUAGGAGGAUUUUAUUAUAAGUGUGCCUCAAAGACGCCACAAACGAAUAAACUGCUGUAUUUCUGUCGGUUUUCCUCUAUACGUGGAAGUAUUUAGCUGAAAUAAACACAAUUUAACCUGUU